AUGACCGCUUACUAUGUUCGAGUGGACAAUGGAAGACAUGUUAAACCAUUGAAGACAUUGCUGGAAAAGGAAGGGGUUUUCAAUCACAAGCUCAAAAUUACAAAACUUGGACCUAGCAAUUACGCAAUUCCGGUUUUACUCGAUGACAAUAAAACCGGGGAGGUUGAAUCUUUCAAAAGAUUUUUGAUUAAGGUUUUUCCUGACAUCAAGGUCUGCAUAGAGAAAUCGGAGGAAGUAAAUGGACAUGAAAAAACUAUUGGAACAAGUUUAGCUGUGGCUAUGAGAGGUCUCUUUACAUCGCUAGGAGUCGGUGAUGAGGUGCUAGUAUCCCAACUUCUAGUAGAUCUACCUAGACGGUACUCAAUAUACCCCCCUUUAUUAUUGUUGCCGGUGAACACGUUGGAUUCAGAAGUAUGGAACAAGUUUCUAGCAAACCUUUCCUUGCCACAGAGAAAUCAGAUCUUUAGAUUGAUUCUAGAGUUUUAUUCGACCAACACAAAUGCACUAACACAUCUAGCUAUAAACAAGCCUAUACCUGAAUCUGACAACGUAAUCCGCUCACCAACUCAGUUGACUACACUAUAUGGUGAUUUUAACAACUUUUGGUGUCAUGUUGUCCAAAACGGUAUUUACCAGACUUGGAUGCCGACUUACACAAUGUUUUCACGUGGAAAUAUCAAAGAGAAAGCUAGGAUUUUGACGUCUUACGAGGAUAUCGAUCACAACCACGAUGUUGUUGAUAUGUAUGCAGGAAUAGGAUAUUUCACUUUGUCCUAUUUGAAAAGGGGUGCUAGACGAUUGUAUUGUUGGGAGAUUAAUCCGUAUUCGGUCGAAGGUUUAUCAAGAGGUGUGACCAAAAAUAAUUUUGGGAAUGUGUACAUAGUAAAAAAAAAUGAGAAAGUAGAUUUGAAACAGGUUAAUGGAGCUAGAUGUGUCAUAUUUGUGGAAAGCAACGAAUAUUGCCUUGAAAGGUUUAGAGAGCUGAAGUUGCAAGCAACUAGUUCAGUCAGGUUUGACUUAAGUAUAUCUCAUGUGAAUCUUGGUUUAUUGCCGACAUCCAAACCAUCAUGGCCAUAUUCUUGCCAGUUAUUGGAUUUAUACGGUGCAGAAACUACUUGGAUUCAUGUUCAUGAAAACAUUGGUAUUUUAGAUUUGGACAACUUCUUACAAAAUGCAUCUGCUAAAUUACAAGGGCUUUCAGAAGAAAAAAGAGUCGAACCUAUAUGGCUAGAGAAAGUCAAGACUUUUGCACCCGAUGUGUAUCAUGUCGUUGGAGACUUCAAACUAGUUUCAUUAUGA